UAGGAGAUGUAAACAAAACGUACCACGAAGCAAUCACCGUCCGAAUGAGCUAUUGAUUUCCUGUCAUAUAUUUUCUUGAAAUGGUAUUGAAAAUAUCCUAAAAGUUCGAGUGUAAAAUAAAUAAAAAUGCUGAGACAAGAAAAUUUAGCUGCUAAUUUUUGUGGUCUCUUGGCAGCGCAAGGAUUCAAAGAAAAAGCAGUUGAAUGGCGCAUACUUGGACAGGAACGCGAUGGGUCUAUGCUAACUUCUUGGAUUUUUGAGGAUUUAAAUGUUGAAGUGCGGGAGUCAUGCAUUGGACUUUUUAACGCUAAUGCAAAGACGUUGCGCAUAUUACAUCGUUUUGAGAAAGUAUGUCUCGAAAUAAUACAGGCUACCACCAAUAGCAGUGGUACUUUAUUGGUAUAUGUUGAGAAAAAACCGUGUUCUGUGGACAAUGGAGAGAUCCGUCCACUUUACCAAGCCCACAUUGUUGAAACACGGUCCACCAAUGGUUCUGCUAAGCCUUUACUCGAUAUCCCAACAUAUAGGCAAGUAAUGGCGCAAUUUUUAUGGCGAACAGAAAAAGUUGCGGAAAAGCAACCUAGUCAAGAGAAGUUUCUGCUACUUAUUCAUGAGACUUCAAUUAAGCAAUUUGUCUGCAACCUAAAACAGCGUGAAGUUAGUGAAGCAAAUCAAAACAGUUCAAUGGAAGGUGAACUUUUAGAUAACUGGUAUUUGGACACCAGCAUGCUUGUUUCAGAGACUAUUGCUAAGAAUUUCAGUUGGUCUCAGUGGGACUCGGAUAACCAGGCAUUAUAUUAUAUUCACCUAAAGCCUAAAGCAAAAAGUUUGAGCCUUAUGGAACGCGAUGAAACUGAGAAAACCAAAGAAAAUGAAUUAAGUCCCACACUAUCGGCUUUUCAGUUUAAUGAGAAAUUACCCACAGAGACGGUGCUUAAUAUCCCACUAAAUUUGCCAAAAUUGCCCCAAGGCUCAUUCGAGGGUGAACCUGUUUAUGAAGACGAUGCGGUUCCCUUAAGAGUGCACGAUUCCUCGCUGAAUCUAAUUAUAUUGACUAAUGGCUCCGGUAUGCUUUUUGUGUGCCACUAUUACCUGUAUCAACCUAUACAGCCGAAAAAUGUAGACGACACACCUGCAGAUGGUGCGGAUACCUCUCAAAAGGUUAAUGUGCACUUCGCCUAUUCAGUAACACUUCUACAUCAUGGAUGCGUUGUACACUGUGUAAUGCCCGGUGUACCGUGGGAAAAGGCUCGUCUACUGAAACCAACAUUCGCGUUACAUGGUUCCCAUCAUUUGCUAGUUUUUCAGCCGGACUUGUUCGUACAUUUGCUUGAUGUGGGUUCGACCCACGAGCCAUGUUGCCAUAUAGUCUGUCCGGCGCAUAAUCGCAAUCCACUGACUCAACUCGUAUCGUGCCAGAAAUGGGGUUCUUUGGCAUAUGAUGUUGCUACGCUCGACUUGGUCUCACUCAAUGUACCUCGAGUACAUUUGAUUGAAGCUUUUCGCAACGACACAUCCGUCGAUAACCGUCUCAGUAUUAUUCAUUACUUUCUUCUGCAUUCCAAUGAUAUGGAUGUGCUCGCGGAAUUGCUUAGUAUCAUAAUGGAAAGACCGCUAUCUUUGGAUACAGUAGCUUUGCUCAAAGAAGCUUUGGUGGCGGGCAGUUAUGCUGCCACCCUGCGUGGUCUGUCGGCUGACGCUGCAUCGCUUGCCCGAUUUCUACCCCUUACCACAGCUGAUCCGUCACGCCCAAUUCAGGCUCGGGUGGCAGAUAUUAACGUAGGCUUGUCGCAUGAAAGUCUAUAUAACACGAGCAUGAUGCUAUUAUCUCCGCAUCAGCGUUUAUCACCGUAUCAUUCAGAUAUUUGGACACGCUUGUGGGAGCAUUUGAACGAAGCUGGCCAAAAGGAAAAACGCCGCUUCAAUUCAGAGCAGGUGAGCGAGAAACUUAUGUUUUCGCUGUCAUGCUAUCAACCAGAAGCGCUAUCGCGUUGCACAACACCACUAACGCCUAGUGGAAUUGGAGGCAACAGUCUUAGCGAUUUUUCUACAUCUAAUAGACGUAGCUGCAACGAAGUUCUACCUUUUAUUGAGAUCGAGACGUGCACUGCUACAAAACAGGAACAUGUUAUAUCCGUGAAUAUGCGUGAGUUAAGCGUACAUUUGGUCAAACAUUCAGCUAAGCCCAAUACGGGAUUUCGUUGGCUAAAAGAAACAUUUUUUGAGCGUUCGCAGGCUCCUGCUCACGUACACGCCGUCGCCACGCAAUACGUGAGCUCUCAGCUAGAAUUGUCACGCGCACUUUGCUCACUUGUAUGUCGCGCGGCGGGUCUGGAUGCGCGCAAUGAAACAGCGCGUGGUUUUCAAUUAAUUGACCAAAUGACCAACGGUCAACAAUAUUCACUAUUCCUAAUUCUGGAGCGCUAUUGUUUAGCGGUGGAUUCCAUAGCUUUCCCAUUGCCACAAGGCUUCGCUUCAUUCUUUACUUACCUGGGUUAUCGCGCUUUAACAUUUGAGAUGUUUUUGCAGUAUGUGGAGAAUCACGUAUUUGAAUUGCAGGUCGAUGUCAUGAAAACAAUUGUUAACGGUAUUGACGAUACCGUAGACGGAGUUGAAAAGAAACUUUCCUUGCUAUCCGCGCUUCCAAAAUCUCGAGCUCAGCGUUUACUGAAGAACUGGUCACAUCCCGAGAGUUUGAUGAUACGUGGACGCGAGCAUGCAGCUAAUAUAUUAUCUGGGCAGCCAGUGCAACAGCGUGCCACCAGCACUGGUGUAAAUGUCAACACGCAGAACCGCACAUCAUUGAGAAGUGAUGUCGCUGCCGAUACGUUGUCGCCAUUAGAUUCAUUUUUGGAUCUACUUACCGCCAAAGCCAACCUUAACGAGCUGGACUACAAUUUACUAAUAGAAACCACGAUCUCCUCAAUGGAAAGAAUUAAUACUAAAGAGUAGUGCGUUCCAUUUAAUAUGUGUAUGAGUAUUUGAGGCUUACUACAUCUUUUUGUACCGGAAAAGCAUUCAGGCAUGUGCCAUAGAACUUAAGUAUAAAGCCAAUAGUUUAAAAUGAGGCUUAAAAAUUGUAUUGAAUUAUGUACGAGUAUUUCAUUUCAAUUACCAGUAUUUUGUAUAUAUAUGUUUGUAUGUUUUUGUUGUUACACCAUACCAGUUAGAUAUGUAAGGUAAUUUGUAUUGAAGAAUAAUUUGUUUGUGUAUUAUUGAAAUCCUUUUGUAUAAGGGGUUGGGGUAGUCAGAGGUCCGAAAAAAUGAUGAUUUUCAAUAAAUUGUUUUGUUAGUCAAUUGCUUUAUUUUAAAAAAUAAAAACAUAGCAUUAAUAAAUCAUAUUUCGACUUGGCUAUAGCAAAACUUCAAAAAAAAAAAUUAAUUAUUAAUUGUUGUUGUUGUUGUAGCAGUACCUUUGCCCAGUCAGUGUAGCGUAAUCAUCGGUCGUCUUCGUCUAGCUCUAAUAAUGUUUGUGUGGAGCCCAUUUCUCCAGAAGUCUCUUGCGGUGAUCAUCACAAGUCUUUGGAGAUUCAUCUAAAAUCAACCGGACAAGAGAAAUUAUAGAAAUUUAUUAAUAGAUAAUCUUGAGCCUGAUCGAAGCUUUUUUUUUGUCAAAAUUAACAAUAUAGCGGCCUCAGGAAAUAUUUUUCAGAUUUUCGCGAAAAAAACCGACAAUUAAUUGUUUGAAAAAAUCGAAAUUUUUGGAAAAAAAUAUCCUUCGAUCAGGCACGAUUUUUUAUGUUUUUCAAAAGCAGUAUAAAUUUUAUUGAAAUCUACCAAGUGGUUUUUAAGUUACAGUGAUCACCAGUUCAAAAAAUAUAGAUUUGAGAAAACGCAUUUAAAAUUUUGCCCGAGCCCGAGCGCCCUUUGUUAAUCGUUGAAUAACUCGAAAAGUAUUUGUCGGAUUCACUUCAAAUUUUCACACAAUAUUUUUAAGAUAUUAUACUUUAAGAAAAUGCAAAAAAAUCUAAUUUUUCGACAAUUCUGACUACCCUAAACCCUAUAAAUUAUAUUGAAUAACACCGUGUGACUAAAAUCAACCAUUUGUUAUCCAGGAAAAACUUCAUAUGCACGGGUUGCAUGCUCAGUACUCAAAGUACUUUAAGGUUUCAAAGGACUGAUCUUAACAAACAUUUUUUUUUGAAUAUCACACUCCAUGAUAUUCAUAUCGAUAUCAAACAAGAGAGAAUAUACCUAACUAUUUACUCUUUGCCAGGACAGAUUCAGAUUUAUCGUGAUAUCUGUUGGGUAUACUUUAUUUCAUUGGAAAAAAGUUCAACUACUUAUUUUUAAAUUGUAUAAAACAGCAAGAAGAACUAAGUAGAAAAGUAAGCACACAUUUUUUUAAUAGCUGGAUAUUAUAUUGAAACUUUGUAGUCCUUAAAAAAAUUAAAUUCAUUAAUAAUGUAUUACAUUUUUUUCUAUUUAUUUUUCACUUAAUUUUCAAAUCUUGUUAAAUUACUUCAUAUCUCGUUACUUAUUUAAUAAAAUCUAAAAAUGACAUUACAAGAA